AGAACCGCUGGAGCUGCACGUAUGAAGUGGAGAGACCCUCGCUGUUUUCUCCAUCAGUUGCAUUACUGCGCUGGUGCUGAAGGAGCCGCUUCCUGCUGUCUGUCAUCGCGAGGAUGAGGACGAUGCCCAGCAGACGCAGGACGCACGAGCGCGGAUCACUUUAAUCGAUCGUGACAUUGUGGGAUACAGCGACUGUACGUUGGCCAAGAUAACGAAAGACUGAAAUUGCGUCUUUUUCGCGAAACCUCUGCCGUUAUUCUGGGGCAGAUCCGUCUUUAAGUCUCCCUUUGAGAUGUGUAUUGAUCUUUUUUAAAGAUGUCGUCAUCCUAUAUGUUCAUGGGUCGGUUCUUUGAAGGACAGAGAUGUGGAAGUGAAGGAACACGUUCAAUCUCUUCAUUAUAACGCCUCGUCUGUUGGAUACUAAUAUAAGCCGCGCUAAUGGAAAAUACGGGGUCACCGGUGGUCUCACUGGAGCGGCAGGUGGAGAGUGUGGAGAGGAGCAUUGUGUUCCUUAGACAGGAGCAGCUGUCUCUGCUGCAUGGACUACAUCUGGAGAUCCUGUCCCUCCAGAAACGCUGUACAGAACUGACACAGGAACUCAACAUGAAGCCCCCAGGCAGGAAUGAAGCAGAGGUGAAAGAGGAAGAGGAGCAGCUGGAAGCUCGUUGCCGGGAGGUGGAGGAGCAUCUGCAGGAGCAGCAACAGAUCCAGAGUGAUGUGCGAUGGGAGAUGAGUCAGAAGUCGGUCCUGGUGGGUGCUCUCCGCGCCAGUCUGAAGGAAAAGGAGCGCCGUUUCCUGGAGGAAUUAAAACACCGCAGCCACAGGACCACUGCGCUCAACACCGAGCUGCAGAAGCAGACGGAGGUGGCUGCAUACCUGUCCUUCCAGCUGCAUUCAGCCAAGCAGAAACUCCAGCAGCAGAAGCAGCAGCAACGCAGGAGGCCGGCCCAGGCCGGUGCGGACAAGCCUCCUGUCCACCCUUCGCCUCAGGCCAGUGCCAGCAGCCCGACCACCAUCAAACCCAAACGACGGAGCUCAAGCCGGCCCUCCUCGAAUCUCCGCACCGAACGUGCCAGGGAGUGUGUGCCACGCGAGAGGGUGACGGGCCCCGAAGAGCCGAUGGCCAUGCCUGACCCCGCCCUCUUCCUCUACCCCUACAGACACAGAUCCCGGCUCCGCCCACCACACAGACACACCCUGCAGGAAGCAGAGGGGGAGGAGUCAGAGGAGCUUGAUCAGGGAGCUUCAGUAAGCAGAUUGGCAACAACAGUAGCUAAAGCCACUGCGACCACUGCAUCCACCACAGAGAACAAUGCUGAAUGAGCGUUUCUUUUACAGUUCGACCUGCUUGUUUUUAUGAUCUCUAAACCUGAAUUGCACCUUGAGCCCCUUGGGAGAACCUUUGCAUUAUGACAGUGACAGAAACGUUUAUAUUUGCAAUACGGUUUGCUUUUUUUUACAGUUUGCACAUGCGGUGAUUGUUAGACCGAGGAGAGAUUUUUGCUUACGUUCUUGUUGAACCAAAAUCGACUCGUGUUUAUGUUGCUGUAAGGCAUUUUUGUAAUCAAAAAUUACCCUGAGGGCCUCGAUACACGAACAUGAAGUGCUCCAUAAGGCCUGUUUUAUGCAUCCUGCAUCUGCAGUGUGUAGUUUUUUCACUGGCUGUAUUAACAGGUUAUAGCAUUCACACUGACAUUUGUGCUGCCCUUACAUCAACUGCUGUUCUUUUCAUAUUAUACUACGUCUGUCUUCGCUGAUGAAGUUGCAGACAGGUGUAGAAAGGUAGAUAUUUAAAGUAGCAAUGAAAUGAAAGUAGCGACUGCUAUUUUCUUCUGUAUUGUGAUGUACACCGAAGUGUAACAGGUUAUUGAAAUAGCCAUCGGCUGUUGAUGAUAUUUUGGGAUGUGGCUAUUGCACUCAAAAUGAAUGCUAACUUGCUAUCAGUCUUGGAGGGAUGGAAUUUAAGUGGACUAAAUGAUUGGGGAAGUCCUGCAUAAGUCACCACAGAGAAGCCAGUCAUUUUCACUGGAAGAAAAAUGGCACAAGGAAAGAAAAUCAUGCAAAAUUAUUCACACAAACAUGCAUUUACCAAAAAACAGGAUCAAUUUUCAUAUCAUGAUGAAUUUAACGUAUACUUAUUCUUCUUAAUAUCUCUUGGUAGGUUUAGGGGUGUGGGGUAGGUGCGCAUAUGUACGCUAAAAUGUGUAUUAUACGCACGCCACCAAUGUGCAUAACUGCGUGUUAUAUGCACGUCAAACACGUGCAUGUCAUAUGCACGCCAAAGUCAGUUUCUAAAAAAACCCCCAAAAAAACAAAAAACAAAUCAUGCUAUUGAUACGCAUUUUUAGUGCAGUAUCACAUAUUCUUUGCCUUUUCUCUUUAUUCUGCUCUCAUAAUAACAACUGAGCUGAAUUUUAUUAAUCAGUAUCAAAGAAAAUGUGAUAUUGAAUCAAAAUAUUUGACCAGCUUAUACAGAAAUCUCUCAUUUUUCUUCUUAAAGAGAGUGCUGUAAAUGUUUACAUCGACUUAAUUUCAGCUUCUGUUAGUGGAUCGUGAAGAAAGGAAAGGCUAGAAUGCAUUUUGAAUGGUCCCGAUGUAUUAAAUUCGGUAAAUGACAGAGAUGUUUUAGUUAACGCAUCCUAUCAUGUAGUAAUAAAGUGUUGAUUUGCAUUUUGUGAGUAUAAGAACGAUCGGAACCCUGAUCGCACCAUCAAGAUGCAUUUGAGUGUAAAUGCAAUUCGGUUAAAAUCCGCAUAUGAACCACCUUCAUGCCAGAUCCCACAGCACAAAAAUCUAUUUAUUUAUUUAUUAGCAUUAUAGGCAUUGAUGGAUUU